UUCCACCAUAUCUUUUAUUACAUCCCGUCUAAUAAUAAUUGCAAAUACCGAAUAACGAAACAACAGUUUGUUUGAGCACUCAUUCGGCAAUUACGCUUCUAGUUACCUCAUAACUGUGUGCCGGAAAUGGUCUUGCUUUGCGUUCCAAGGUGCCGGUACUAAUCGAACUGUGUGGCUGUGGAAUAAAAGAACGUGUCUGAGCUACAUGGAUAGCAGGGGCAAGGCAUAAACUCGGGCUUUGGCAGUGAUACGGUCGCAAUGUUCCUGCCCCGAGCAUUGAAACGGCGGCUGGAAGUGAAGACUACAGUGGGGAAGAGAGCCCCUCUGCUAAAGGACCAGUCCGCUACACCCGCUCCUGUGCCCUCCGCGCAGCAAUCCCCAUACUGUUCUACAGCGGAGUCUGUGCCUGAUCCGACUCUGCAAGUGUCCCUUUCUUCUCCGACCCCACCGGCAUCAUCUGUAGCUGCCUCUGCUUUUACUUCUCUUAUGCCAGCUGUUAGUCCUGCUGCCCCAUCUCUGCUCACUACUGAGGCUUCGUCUUUACACACUUCUGCUUCGCCCAUCACACCUGCACCCACCGCUACCCCUUCCCUUACACCUGCACCCACCGCUACCCCUUCCCUUACACCUGCACCCACCGCUACCCCUUCCCUUACACCUGCACCCACCGCUACCCCUUCCCUUACACCUGCACCCACCGCUACCCCUUCCCUUACACCUGCACCUACCGCUACCCCUUCCCUUACACCUGCACCCACCUCCACUCAAUUCCUCAAGGCUGCAAGCUCUUCUACAACACCCACACCAUCCGUACCCACCUCUGCUCCAUCCAUAUCAUGUCCUUCCAUCCCUGCUUCUUUCUCACAACCUAUCAAACUCCCACCAUUAUCCAAAUCUUCAGAGGAUGCCCAUGAAGAAGCAGUUAAGUCAUACAGUAAAUGUCAGCGCUGGCCGUUUCCUGGGGAUCCUGUAUGUGUAAUCUGUGGAAGAUAUGGAGAGUAUAUAUGUGACCAGACGGACCAUGAUGUGUGCAGCUUAGAGUGCAAAGCCAUGGACAUUUUGCGGGUUUGUGGAGCAUCCAGCACCCCAUGUGCUAUCACAGACAUUACCUUAAGCCCACAGCCUUUAUUGUAUUCAGCUAUUGGGCCUCUGGAUAAUUCAGCCAUCACUUCUACAGUCUCCACUGAACUGACCUCAUGCCAAAAUAGUGAUGCAGAUACUUCACAUGUGACCGCAUACAACCACCCAAUGCCUUAUAUCUACAAGGAACAUGAGUUCAUCUCACAGUUAAGCGCUGACCAGAUAAACCACCUGAGACAGCAGCUUAGCUUGUCAGUACAUGGGAAUGAGAUGUGCAAACCUAUCAUGGAGUUUGACCACUGUCAGUUUCCUCCUGUGCUCAGCUCUAACAUAAAGGCAGCAGGUUAUGAAGUGCCUACUCCCAUACAGAUGCAGAUGAUCCCAGUGGGGCUUAUGGGAAGAGAUAUAUUGGCAAGUGCAGAUACUGGCUCAGGGAAAACUGCAGCUUUUCUUCUUCCAGCUAUAAUUCGAUGUCUUGAAAAGAAGGAUUCUCCAGCUGCACUGAUUCUUACACCCACUAGAGAACUGGCUGUGCAGAUAGAGGGACAGGCCAAAGAACUGAUGCGUGGGAUUCCUCACAUGAGGACUGCACUACUUGUGGGCGGGAUGCCUCUGCCCCCUCAGAUACACCGUCUGAAACAAGGUGUACAGGUUAUAAUAGCAACUCCUGGGAGACUUCUAGAAAUCAUUAAGCAGGAUUCUGUGAAUCUUGGUGAUCUAAAGAUUCUUAUUGUGGAUGAGGCAGAUACCAUGCUGAAGAUGGGGUUUCAGCAGCAAGUCCUAGAUAUUUUGGAGGUUGUACCACACGACCAUCAGACCAUUCUGGUUUCAGCUACCAUCCCAGCUGGCAUUGAGGCCUUCACAAAGCAGCUCCUGCAGGAUCCUGUGCGAAUCACUGUAGGCGAGAAAAACCAGCCCUGCACCAACGUGAGACAGAUUGUGCUGUGGGUGGAGGAACCUUCAAAGAAGAAAAAGCUCUUUGAAAUUUUGAAUGAUUCCAAGCUUUUCCAGCCCCCCGUCUUAGUGUUUGUGGAUUGCCGUCUCGGUGCUGAUCUGCUGAGUGAUGCCGUCAGUAAGAUCACAGGGUUAGAGUGUGUGGCAAUGCACUCUGAUAAAUCCCAGGUGGAACGAAUGAAGAUCUUGCAGGGUUUGCUCCAGGGAGAAUAUGAUGUUGUGGUGAGCACUGGAGUUCUGGGGCGUGGGCUGGAUCUGGUGAAUGUCAAGUUGGUGGUGAAUUUUGACAUGCCAUCGAGUAUGGAUGAGUAUGUGCACCAGAUUGGCAGAGCAGGAAGGCUUGGCCACAGGGGAACAGCUAUAACUUUCAUCAACAAGAACAACCGCAACCUCUUCUGGGACCUGGUGAAGAGAGUGCAGCCCACUGGCUCUUUGCUGCCCCCGCAGCUGCUAAAUUCCCCCUAUGUACAAGAACAGAAAAAAGUUGACGAAAGAUUGCGGCGGGACAAAGAGAAGGUGGUAACGGGAGACCAAAUUCUUGAUCUUAUUCGAAAACAUGACAGGCAUAAAUCUCAUAAAUGACUGUCACUAGGUCUCUCCUGCUGAGGAUUAUGGCCAUGUUUACAAGGACUCUGACUGCUGGAAACUUUGUUCUCUGUUGUAGAAAUAUAUGAUUAAAUAUCAAUGUCUCAUAUUGUUGUUUCAUACUUAUAUCUCUGUGCCUAAAGGGAAAGUAAAACAUUUGACAGUGGUUAGAGUGUGAUUUGGAGUGUUUUUGGUCAGAUAUGGAGGAUCAUGGCAAUUAAGUAAUUUAAAUCAUGCUUAUAGGAUAAAGUAGAGAUUUUAUUCUAUAAGGCUUUGGUGUCAGUAAUCUAUAGCAAUUUUUUUCUUGUUGUUUCUCAUGCAGAAGUGGGUUGUAAGGCUCUGUUUAUAUGUUUUCCAUCUCUCUAUUGGUGACUACCUCUUUCUGGAGUAGGAGCUACAGAUUUAGGUGGCGGCAAAUCAAAAGCAGACUAACUUAGCAGUUAUAUCCAAUGUGCCCCCCCCCCCCAAUAAACUUUCUGACUAGCUAAGAGGUUAAAGAGCUGCAAAGGAGGAAGUUGUGUUCUUGCUAUAAUGUUAGAUAUCUGCUCACUCUAGCCUUUAUAAGAUUCGUUUUUAUUGUGCUGUUUUGUGAAAUGCCCCUUUAAGAAUUUGCUUUUCUCUCGAAUAGAAAGGAGAAGUAGACCUCCUUUAACAUUAUUUAAUACAUUUGGCUCGUGCAUAUUGUUUUAAGUAGGAUAUCAACAUCAGGACCCCAAAGAUCUAAAGGGACAGUAACAAUAAAAUUUUGAAUCAAGUUUA